CUCCGAUCAGUCUCACCCGCAAACAAGUUCAUACUCCGAUACCCCUCCUUCUCCAGUCCAUGGCCACAAAACAAAUCCUUAGAGCUCAGCUACGCUCGUAUCCUGCAAAUGGUCACUCUGCAUACCUCCCACAGGUCAGGAAAAUAGUAUUAGAAUAUUGCCAGAAUCUUCCUUCAUCCACCAAUGCCCGUACUUUCAUCUCAAAUGACCUCCAGCGUGUUGCAUGGCAGAACCCACACGUUGAAUUCGUGGUCAAGCAGCGCAACGGUCAUGAACCAAUAGCAAGGGGAUUUUAUGUUAACGGUCGUGACAAGGUCAUUCCACUGCAGGAGUUCGAAGUUAAUGGUGUGGAGAAAAAAGUUCAAUUACUCCUCGACUCCUCGGGCGCGAAGAUAAAGCAGCUGAAAAGAGGCCGUAUUGUGGAGAGUACGACAGAGGCUGCAAGAGGCAUUUGGAGUGGGUUGCAUGUCGACACCCCGUUCAAAAUAUAGACGGGGUUAUAGUUAGUUAUCAUAUCCAUAUCGUACCUUUUCUCACUCCGCGUCUAAUGGAAUUCUGCAGCUCUUGCGAUAAAUCCGGAUUUCGUCAAUUGCCUGGUUUCAGCUAGACUG